UCUCUACUCUCUCUCUCUCUCUCUCUCUCUCUCUCUCUCCAACCGUGCUUCUUUCCAUCUUCCUAUUUCGUUUGUUGGAAGCUAAAAUACCCCCCACCCCUCUUCGGGGAACCUUCUAGGGCAGUCGGUUUGCAGCGCCAGAAAACCACCCGCAUCCCAUCUAUCCCCCCAAAAGGGGUCAAUGGAAGCCCGCCUAAUCUCCAGGCCUCACUGAUUUCUGGUCAAAUCUAAAGGCACCGACCCCCCUUUGAUUCUUUCUUCCUCGGCCUCUCAUCAGAUCUCACUCACAGCAGAAAUCAUCAACCACAGUAGAGAGAAGGAAAGAAAAAGGAUACAGAAAGAAAGACAGGAAAGAGAAAGAUCUAUUGUACCACAGGUGAGUACUGCUAGUAGCGGUAGGAGUACUGGUUAUUUAUUUUUGGUUCCUCAAGUCUUUCAGACCUCAAAGUCAAGAGAUAAGAUGGAGUUCACACAAGGAAGAGGAGAUGGGUUUUACAGCAGGGAUGAUGAUGACUCCAAGCGCCCUCCUUUUAUUCCUUCCUCCUGUUCUUCUUCCUCCCCAACCUCUUCCUGCACUGCCUCCCGAUGGACCGACGUAGCAUCCGGGAGCGGCGGCGCCGGCGGCGGCGAUGCUCCUUAUGUGGAGAAGGAGCACAUGUUCGACAAGGUGGUGACGCCGAGCGACGUCGGCAAGCUCAACCGGCUGGUGAUCCCGAAGCAGCACGCCGAGAAGUAUUUCCCCCUCGACGCGUCGGCCAACGAGAAGGGGCUGCUGCUGUGCUUCGAGGACCGGACUGGGAAGUCAUGGCGCUUCCGCUACUCCUACUGGAACAGCAGCCAGAGCUACGUGAUGACCAAGGGGUGGAGCCGCUUUGUCAAGGAGAAGAGGCUUGAUGCCGGGGAUACUGUCUCGUUUUGCAGAGGCGUCGGCGAAGCCGGCCGCGACCGCUUCUUCAUCGACUGGAGGCGACGGCCUGAGGCCCACGACCCACCGCUCCUCCCGCCGCGCCUUCCCCUCCCCCUCCCGGGUAUCUCGCUGGCCCGGUCGGUGGGCCCGUGGGGUAGCCGGCUCUUCAUCCCCCCAGCUGCCACGGUCCACGACUAUGGCCGCGGCCAGCUGUACGGGUACAAUGUCGCGAGACCCGGUGGCGGGCAGUUCCUUUUCUUUCGAUCGGCAGCGGUCGGUUCGCCGCAGCCUGGGGUGCAACCAGGCGGCGGUGAUGGAGCGGUCGCCGGCGUGCCGAUGGUUUUGGAUCCGCUCGUCCAUGGGCCGACGACGACCAAACGGGUGAGGCUGUUCGGGGUGAACCUCGACUGUCCUGGAUCGGACGGUGGUGCCGACGGCGGCAAUGGUCUCUCUCUAAACCGGCGCCAGAUGCGACCCCGGUCGGUGCUCCCUCUCCUCGAAUCUCCGCAGGGCGGCCCCGAUCCUUCGAGGGCCACCUCCUCGCCGGGCAACGAGCAGCAGUAAACCAUCGGAUCCUGCCAUGUGAGACUUGAAAGGAGGAGAAUGUGAAGGGAUCGAGGACAUCAUUAUACACCCUCAUGAGCUCUAUCCCUGGAAUUGGGAUGGACACUGAACUGAAUGAGAGGAAGGUUCAAAGAUUCUUUCUUUUUUUUUUGCGCUUACUUGGCUUGUUGGAGCAUCAAAAAGCAUUGGGGUACUUGGCAUGAGUGGGGGUGGAAAGAAGGGAAGGAUGUAUCCAAACCAAUGUUCUUUUCCUUUUCCUUUUCCUUUUCCUUUUCCUUCUUUUAAAUUCCCUAUUCCAACUGUAUAUAUAUAUUAUAUAGGUAUAGAUCCCCCUCACGCCCUACAUAUGAUAAACAUCUUCCAUCUGUGGAACCCACAUUAGUUUGGGGAUUUGCUCUUGUUUUGUUGCAUGCAUUGAUAUAAGCUCUCAUGCUUUGGUAUUAUUGCCUUCAGAUUGCUCAGUGUUAUGUUAUUAGGUUGUUUCAGAUACAUCAUCCACCUCAUAUAGCUCCAAAGCGCUGGACAUGCCUUAUAAAUGGAGGACAGACAGUUAUGGAGCAAAAGAGGUCAGAUCUCAAUCCUUCUCCAUCCAUUUGUUAUCUCUUGUGCAUUGGGAUUUUAUCUUUGCCUGCUGUGACGGCACCUCGUAUGCUGUCAUUCAUACAUGAUGGUUGUGAUAGGAGUAAUAUGUGCAGAAUUCUAUUCUUUUGUUUUUUUUUUUUUCCGAAAAAGAAAUUAUACUUUUUUGAGUGGUGAAGCUUUAGCAACGAAUUCCAAUUGAUGAAAAAAGAGUACUGCUACUGCUAUAAAAGAUUGGGACGCCCUGCUUAAUCUAUCCUAAGAAUUGUAAGGAUGUGUGUUGAAUACUAUCCAAGAGUUCUUUAAGAUGGCAGAGAGUGACGAAGAUAGGUGCCAAGAUGCUCAUGUACUUCAUUUAAGAAACUGGAAGGUCAGAACUGGCUAAAAUUUUAGCUUGCGUAUGGUUAUGUCUAACAGUACUGAGGCAUAUGUGACACAAGCUGCGUUGUUGGGUGCACUUGCAGCAGGCUCAGUGAGAGGUUUCCAUAUUAGGGAAUGAGUGUAAUAGGAAUUUUCAAUGCAAGGUUCAGUUGGUUUGCUCGUGUAUUUAUAGCACAUACCAAUAAAUCAAACAAAAGAAAAUAAAUAAAUAAGUAAAUGAAUAAAAGAUAUAGAGGAUAGCAGAAGAAAAGCCCGUGCUUAUGUGAUGACAGCUUUUUUCUGUGAUAGAAAAUAAUUCGAAUGAAAAAAGUCAUUCUUCAUGACUGGCCGUUGUAUAGACAGGUAGGGACCUAGCCAAACCCCCGAUCCCCUCUUUUAUAUGGCUUUGUCCUG